AUGCCGUCGUUGGACACCUUGCCGCCGCUGGACCGCUCGGGUGGCCGCCAUGUCCGUGGCGGCCGCCAGUCCGCCGCCAUGACAGAGCCACGCCGGCCCAAGCCCAGCCGCUCCGCCCGCUGUGCCUAUGCUGUGUCGCCAGCCUCGCCGGUGUACUCGCCGACCAUGGAGUGGCUCUUGACGGGCCCAGCACCGCCCAUGCUCGGUGAAGAUGAAGACUUCACGGCCGCUCUCGCACCGCCCCCGCCGCUGAUGUACUGCCCCGUUCAUGGAUUCGGGCCGUGCUCGGCGAGGGACGGCACGACGCCGCUUCUUCCGUCCCCGACUCCACCCGUGCCAGCCGCCGAAGUCGCGCCUCCUGCCGCCGACCUCGCUCCAACAGCCGACGAUGACGCCGGUGAAGUGCUCGACGACGUCCACCCGGAGGCCAGACGCCUCCUCCGCAAGUUCGCGGCUGCCGGUCCGGCCGCCGGCGGUUGGGACCCGAAGGCCCUCGACCUCUCCUCCUCCAACGAGGGGGGGCCUCCCUUCCUUUAG